CGAGGCCGGGAGGACCAGCCUGCGGCGGCAGCAGCGCUUCCAGGCCGGAGCCGGGCCAGGGCUGGGCAGGUGCAGCCCGGACACUGGGUGCCCCGCACCCCCUCUCCAGGCGGCAGGAGGGACCGCGCAGGACCCUGCCCCCGGGGGUGCCCCGGAGCCGGGCACCACCUUCCCUCACAGAUCCAACAAGGAGCCAGGACCAUGUUACAGUAGAUGAGGACGGCAGCACAAGCCUUGAGCCCCGACUCCCGGCCAGAGGUGCGACAUCAGACCAGAAAGAAUGUGGCGGCCGCUCCGGGCUCCUCGGUGCCCAGGGCGGGGAAGGAGGGUGACAGGAAGUGCCCCCCCUCCAUCCUGAGACGAAGCUCGCUGGAGGGCCACGGCCGCCGGGCGGAGCCACAGAGGGCCUCGAGGCGCGUGCGGUUCCAGGAGCCCUUGGAGGUGGCCGUCCACUACAUCGCCGGCAGGGAGCACGUGCCCGCCACCAAGGCGCCCCGCCGGCCCCGGCCCCGGCCCCGCGGCGGCUCCCUGCUCCUGCGGCUGGGCCUGUGCGCGCUGCUGGUGCUGCUGCUGGGCCUGUGCUGCGGCCGGACCAAGCCCCUGGCGCUGGCCCUGCAGGACCUGCGGGCGCGGCUGCUCGCCCUCGCCCUGCGCCUGCGGCAGCUGCUCCUCACCGGCUGGCACUGCCUCCUGCAGCUCUGACGCCCGCGCAGCCCGCAGAGGCCCCCGGAGGGGGCGGGGCAGCGAAGGUGAACCUGGGACGAAGGGGGCCGCAGGCGGGGCCCCCAGGGCUGGAGUCAGCACGGCCCCUCCUGGGUCACAGCCCGGGGCCCACUGGGAGCUGUUAGGAAAGGACCCACCACUAAAAUCGGGACCACACCCCGGCCCGGGCUGGCCCCUCGCCCCUCCCUCGUCCCUGGGUGGGCUGGGUGUGGCUCCUGGAGGCAGGGACCCUGCCCUGUACCUGGGGUCCCUGGAGAGGGGAGCGGCCUGUAGCCUCUUAGGGCCUCGGGGCCGGGACCUGGAAACCCUCACAGCUGGGUCCAUGGGGGGAGCGCGGCAGCCCCUCCCCAAGCCCCUCGCAGGCCCCCACUGAAGCCGCAUGGGGAGGGGGCGCCCGGGUCAGACCCUGCCCUGGGCCCAGCCUGGGCUCCUCCAUGCCCCAGGGGAGCGUGUCCUCCGCUCCCGCCCGGCCAUCACCGCCUGGGGUGGGGCUGGGGGCGCCACAGGCCAGGACCCCCACCGCCUCAGACACGUCCCACACCAGCGGGGGGCCCAUGCGGCCCAGGACGUGUGUGGACGGCAGACUGAGGGGAGCCACUCGGUGACAAGCUCCAGGACCCUCGGACCUGCCUGGAGUGGGGAGGCCGGAGCACAGCAGGGCGGCCCGAGGUCAGACACCAGGAGGGACAGACGGAGCCGCCGGGAAAGCCUGCAGACGGAUGGGGGUCACCCUGAAAGCAUCUGUCCCCACCUCGUACGUGGGGACACUGACUAUUAGAACGCUCCACGGCCCUGUCCCCUGCAGCUCACCCAGAGGGGACACGGGGACCCGCCGGCCAUAGAACCCCCGUCAGGGCUCAGGCCGAGGUGGGGACACUGGGAGGCCAGCAGAGAGGGGCCUUGGCCCAGCGGGGACCCCGGCCUGGUCCUUGGGGACCCUCAGCAUCAUAGGCCCCUGACCGCGCAGACCGCGCACCCGCCCAGCCCCCAGGACGUCACUCGCCUCACUGCCCCCCGGAAGAGGAGGGACAGAUUGUCGCCCGUUUUCCAGACGAGAAACUGAGGCCCGCAGCCUCCCGCUGGGGCCGCACUGCAGGAGGGAGCAGGCCGGUCCUCUAGCCGAGGCCUGGUCACCUCGGCGCCGCAGACGGACCUGCUGGCUCUGCCGGCCACGGACGGUGACCCGGUCGUUAGGACAAAACUGCCCACAGUGGAGACGGUCAGCCUGAGACACAGACACCCGUCCAGCUCACCCGGGGAAGCCCGCUGGGCCCAGGGAGGGAGCCCCCGGGAGUGUGCAGCCGGGGAGGGCCGAGGGGAUGAAACACUCACACGGCGGAAACCCACCCACACUGGAGGGGCCGGGAUUU